GGAAUAUGAAAGCACAAACAAAUGGGCGAUCUUGAGUGUUAAACCCUACCCUUUGCAAAAACCCUAAUUCUCGAGGUAAAAUCACAGCAAUGGGUGGUUCACGGCGGAAGUACAAGCGAUCAAGGACGAAAGUGCAAGUGGGACUGCCUAGGAAAAACCCUCACAUAUUCAAGCCGGCGUUCAAUCUCCACCCGAAAUUGAAAUCUCUGCUCGACCCUCUCUCCAUAUGGGAUGAGAAGGGCAGCGUCAUCGAGAAUUACAAGACAUUCGGCGUCGUUUCGAAUCCCAAUUACCUCGGCGUGCGCUCGCGGACGGCUCACAUAGUCGAGAGUGAUGCUCUCCAGAUGCCUCCCGAGGGCGACCUGGUCGUCUCAGAGUUCGACCCGAUUGAUAGCGGCAGCGAGCUCGAAGAAGAUGAUUUAAAGUCGGCAUUGGGAAAGAAGCGGUCUGAUGGAAAUCACAAUUCCCUCCAACCGCUUACGGCCAUACAACGGCUACAUGUCAGUCGCCUGGUAGAGAAGUAUGGCAAUGACUAUCAGAGCAUGUUCAUGGAUAUUAAACUAAACAAGAUGCAACACUCGGUAGCAACCAUCGAGAAGCUAUGCAAAAGGUAUCACAUGUACAAAGAUAAAAACCCAUUGCUAGUCGGCACAUCAACGUGAUCCAAACAAGAUAGCUCGUUGCUGGCUUCAAACCUGCUCUCUCUCUCUCUCUCUCAUAGUUCGUGUUUGUUGUCCGAGGUGUUCAAAAGUUUUCUCAUGUGUUAUUUUACUUCAGGAAAUGCUCUAGUUUGAACGAAUAAUCCAACUACUGAAGAUUUUCAAUAGAAACGCUUUUCUUGAGUACAUUUUUUUA